AUGUACGGAAACAGGAUUUGUGCUCCACAGCACACUGUGGUCAUCAAAAGAACCAAUCACCUAGGCGAAUUUGUGAAGAAGACUGAACAUACCAAUGGCGAUGUUACGGAAGAAAUCACAAAGUUUAAAAAGGAUAGCGAUGGCACACCUGGCGAGGAUUUCAUAACCUGGAAGAACGGAAAACUGCUCGAAAAAGGCUGGCGUACCAUUCCCACCAAUCCUCACCACCACGACAAAUACGAUGAGCCUCGCCGCCCACGUGGUUUCCCCGUAAGAUUCGAAGAUAGUGAACACUACUACAGCUUUGAUGAUCGUACCCUUCAACGUGGUUUCUCGAAUUUUUCAGCUCUCCCGUCAAGGAUGCCUUCAAGAGGUGAGCAUGAAAUUCCCCAAGGAAGGGCUGGCGACUCGCAUCGCAAGAGAGCGAACACUCAUACCACACCACCCCAUCAUCAUGGACACAGAACUGAUAAACCAAAGGUCCACUUCGCUGACCGUGUUGAAGAGAUAGAUGGCAAGCACCAUCACCCCUCACGUCCUCGAGCAAGCACACAUCAUGACGACCAUCGUCACCGUGACCAUCAUAGGAACGAGCGAGAGGGAAAAUCACGCGAUGACCACCACCGCCGCCCAUGCCAUCGCGACAGCCCUCCCCAUCAUAGACAUCACAGCCCAGAGACCAAGCCGUACGACUUCCAGCUCAGCAGCCACACCGAAGGAAAGUGGGAAAAGGCGAGAGAGAAAGCCGAGAAGAAGGAAGAAGCCGGUCGCCAAGCACCAAAGACCACAAAAGCCGAGAACAAAGACAAAGAUCGAGCUAAAGACCGAACUCAAGACGCCCACCACAAAGGCCACCACACAUACCACCACACAUACCACCACACAUACCACCACUUCACCGAGCACUUCCACUCCAAGAAAGACAAGCCCGAAGCUUCCAAACCCAAGCCCAAGCCCGAAUCCUCAAAACCCCGACCCCCACCACGGCCCACCACGCCUCCUCGCACCGAAAAGCCAAAACCACCCUCCUCCCUCCCCGCGAAAGCCGAAUCAAAAGACUACUACUCCAUCCUAGGCCUCAAAUCCGACUGCACCGCCGCUGAUAUCAAGAAAGCUUAUCGAAGCUUGAGUCUGAAGCAUCAUCCAGAUCGCAACCCAGAUGAUCCUGAGGCGACGGCGAAGUUCCAGGAUAUUGGCGAGGCGUAUGAGGUUUUGAGCGAUGAGGGGAAGAGGGGUGAUUAUGAUCUUGUUAGGUAG